AAACGCACCAACAUCAUCCCGGUACUGGAAGAUGCACGGCACCCACACAAAUACCGCAUGCUUAUCGGAAUGGUGGACGUGAUCUUCGCUGACGUGGCCCAGCCGGACCAGUCCCGCAUCUUGGCGCUGAAUGCCCACACUUUUCUGCGCAACGGAGGCCACUUUCUCAUUUCCAUCAAGGCCAACUGCAUCGACUCCACAGCGUCUGCGGAGGCUGUGUUUGCUUCAGAGGUGAGGAAGCUGCAACAGGAGAACUUGAAGCCACAGGAGCAGCUAACUCUGGAGCCCUACGAGAGGGACCACGCUGUGGUCGUCGGGGUUUACAGGCCCCCUCCCAAAAGCAGCAGCAAGUAG